CCGACACAGUUUUACAUUCUGCCCAGUUCGAUCGGCAACGGGAGCGGAAAGAGGAAAGCAGAGAGCCCGAAGGCAGCAGCCCCCACCACCGCCGGCCCAGGUUACCAUCUAGCACCGGGAAACACAGCAGAGAGCCGCCGCCGGCAGAAGCCAUUACCAACCAGUAGUAACCAUGAGCAGCGAGGCCGAGACACAACAACCACCGCAGCCUGCUGCCGAUGAGGAGAGCCCAUCCAGCCCGGCAGCCGCAGCUUCCGCGGGGGAUAAGAAGGUCAUCGGUAAGACUAAUAGAAACAAGCUAGUUAGCUUAGUGGCUAACGACAAAGCAAAGCCGAUGCGCCUAAGGAACGAUUGGUAACGUUUAUGAACCGAUCACUGGUUCAAUUGAGGUUAGACACCGUUAAAUCAGUUCGUGAACACUCAGUUGUGAAUCCCCCCCCCCCCCCACCGAAAAUUGAUAGCCUAUUUAAAAUAAAAAAGGUUAACUCCUCGUAAUCCUCUAAUGUAUCUUCCCAUCAUAUUAAGUAUCAACGUGUAUGUUUUAAACAGUUGAAAAAUCUUCAACGGUUUAUUUAAAUACUACACUCUCCAUAUUUUUCCUGGAAGCCAAUUAUAAAAUGUCAGUUGGAAGAUGGGCCGUUGUAUUAAGGCAAGCAAUACACGACUAGCUAUUAAUUUUUUUUCUUGAUAUUCGCGGAUGACAUCAACGGUUUUUCCUGCUGGCUGAAUUUUCAAAUCAUACAGGGGUCGUAGGAGCCAUGGCUCUUUCGUCUGAUUUUUCCAUUGACCACCUAACGUCAAUUAACCGUCACAGAUACCGGCUGGCUGUCACAUGCGCGGCCGUUGGGGCUGUUUCGGGGCAAUGCCAUCAGAAAACGUUAGCACACUCUUGAUUAAAUGCUGUACGGUUGGCCCCGGACCAGUCGACGUAGAUCGUUUUAACGUUAACGGUUCCUGUAAUUUUUAACAGUUAGCCACUUGUUAUGAUGUGCUUGUGGUUAUUUUAUAACGCUCGUUUAUCAGGCUAACCGUAACACCCUCUCCGUAAGACAGCUAGCGUUAGCUGUUAACCUCCCCUUUGUUCACACGGACGGCUCUGGCCCCCUGUUGGAAAUGUAUUAUUCAAGAAUAAUGUUAACACGUUCACGGACUUGUGUCAACCAUGGUUGGCAAAAUGAUGACGUCAAUGCCCGCUUCUCAGUGCGUUAAAAUAAAGUGUUUGUUUUUUCGCAUAAUUUCUGUCUAGUGUAUUGGCCUAACUCACAGGAGUGGCAGCGUUAGCUCGUUUGCUAACUAGGCUAAAGUAGCCUAGCCGACCGUCGUUUGUUAUUUCCAUGACUGUGGGGCCAACUCAAAAUGUCCGCCGACUUAUCCAUGAAUUUAUUUGGCUGUUUAAUCUUCAUGUAAAAUCAAAGCAAAUGACAAAAGUGACUAGUCUCGUUGUAGUUACAACACCUGCUCGCUAAAAAUGAACUAAUAUGUCACAGUUACGGCAAUUUCCCUUUGCUGGCUUUAAUCCAACCGCAUGGUUGAGACCCAGUUAGCCACUUAGCUCCUUUGCUGAAGCGACCAAAGCAUGCUGCUCGCUAACGUAGCCGGCCGCGAUAUUACCACGUGUGAACGCUUUAGUACUAAACGUGCGACUUGAAGGGGGCAGUAGUUCUGUCGUUGCUGGACUUAGGUAUGAUGUAAGCGUCUAGAUCGCAGUAUUUCUAUAUCGACUGUGUAUCACCCAUCGCGUUGUAGAAGCUUCAUAAACUCGAUGCAGAGAUAUUUGGAGAACACAACUUCUCGUGGGAAAGAAGCAUAAUCGCCACUGGCUCAUGGCCUCAGAGUGCAGCUGUCUCUCCCCCCCUCAACUAUCAUGGUCUAUUAAAAGGGUGACGGUUGAGUUUUAAAAAUAUCUACCAAUUAAUGUGUAACCUUGGUUGUUGAUCAUUUGUUUAAAUAUGUGCUUGCUGUCUCUCAUGGCUUAAGGUAUAGUGUAAAAGAGAGGCUUGAACUUUACAAAAUUUCAUUGAUCAUCUUUUUAUCUCAAUCAACUUAGCCAUGGUUGAUAAUUUUCUCUGACGUUUCUUGUUACAGCCACAAAAGUCUUGGGUACAGUCAAAUGGUUCAACGUCAGGAAUGGAUAUGGAUUUAUCAACAGGUAAAUGGCUCCAACCCUUUCUUGUCCACAAAAACCAUGACAACAUCUUUGCUCAUGAGAAGGGACAUCUUGAAUCCUAUUAUAGCUGUUUGGCUUACAGAGCUGGCAGGUCAUUAUACCAGCUUCCCUCUAUGUUGUUGCUGUACUUAUUUAAUCCAUACUCUUAUACUCUUGCCAGCAGUAGUAGUGAGACAUUUUUGUACUCAAAGCACAAGUAUAAAUUGAACUGUGUUUUUGUUUCCUUUUAAAGGAAUGAUACGAAAGAGGACGUUUUUGUACACCAGGUAAGUUUUUUAUCUUAUUUAUAUUCCGCUAUUAAAUGCUCAUGGAAAUUAAUCUUACGUCGUAACUAUCUCUGUCAUUUUAGACAGCCAUUAAGAAGAACAACCCGAGAAAAUACCUUCGCAGUGUUGGAGAUGGAGAAACUGUGGAGUUUGAUGUAGUGGAGGGAGAGAAGGUGAACUGUGCUUUUAUGUAGCUGCUUUCUUCUUGUGUCCAACUGAACACACACUUUACUGUUGUUAUCAUGUCUGUAAUUUCGAAGUGAACCUGUCUUCUAAAAUAAAACUUAUACUAUGUUCAGGGAGCAGAGGCGGCAAAUGUCACUGGCCCAGGAGGCGUAGCAGUCCAGGGAAGUAAGUACGCCGCUGAUAGAAACCGCUAUAGGCGCUAUCCCCGGCGAAGGGGUCCACCCCGUGGUGGAGACUAUCCAGAGAACUACCAGAGCGACGGGGAGGGUGAGCCAGGAAAUGGAGGCCGUGACAAAGGCAGCCGAGAUGGGGGAGAGAGUGCCCCCGAAGGAGACUCACAGCAACAGCAGCGCAGACCAGUUUACCCUGGGAGACGGCGUUAUCCCCCAUACUUUGUACGUAGACGCUACGGCCGCCGGCCCCCGUACACCAACGCACCACGUGGAGAGAUGACUGAGGUACGCUGUCACAGGGCUACUAUCCUGAAGCAGACACCCAGCCGUCCCAUGUUAAAGUCGGGACUUUUAAUAGGUUGAUGUCAUACACAACUCAAAUCCUCUCCUUUUGAAUAGUCACGUGGUUGUGAACAAUAAAUCUUGGUGUAUCGGGGGCUUUGCCAAUAUCUUGCAAAUUGACUUAAAUAAAUCUCUUACCAGUUUUUGAUGGACCUACCUGGUGUUGCACUUCUGUCAGUGUCAACAAGCUGGCCAGUCACAUCACCACUUGAGACCAGAUAUUUCAUCAUUACCUUUUUUGCCUGUAUUGACUUUUUUUAAGUUCUGUGUCAGUUGUUUGUUCCGUUUUUUUCUUUUAGGGAGGUGAGGGUGACGAGGGACAGGGAGGUCCAGACCAGGGCAACAAACCAGUGAGACAAAACUACUACAGAGGCUUCCGACCAAGGUUCAGACCAAGGUUUGCAUGUUGGCUUCAUAAAUGCAGGGCUGCAACAAUUGGAGAGUAAAAGUUCUUUACAGUCCAGAUAGCCCCAGUCUCUACAUCUUAAUUUGACUUCAAUUUACCUGAUUGACAAAUGCCAUCUGUAUUGGCUCUCCCACUUGACAUCACAGGGGUGGUGAGAACAAACAAGUACAAAUUUCCCAGAGAAACUCUCCCUUUUUGCAGCAAAACCUCAGUCGCAGCUGUGCAUCCAAAUGAGCCACGUGUACUUCUUUGUUGCAGAAUUUGUAUUUUGACUUGAGGCUGCAUCCUGUCUAUGUGGCUGUUAUUUUCUCUGCAGUGAAUUCUAUAUUAGUGUUUUUUUUGUUGGUUGCUAUAGCUGAGUGGUUUUAUUAUUUCCAGCAGGGGUCCACCCCGUCCCAGACCGGUGCGGGACGGUGAGGAGGACAAGGAGAAUCAGAGCGGUGAAGGUGGUCAGAACCAACAGCCCCGCCAGCGGCGUUAUCGCCGCAACUUCAACUACCGCCGCAGACGCCAACAGACUGGUGGAAAACCUGGCCAAGAAAAUAAGGAGCCCAAGACAGGAGGUGACCCAUCUGCAGAGAAAACGUCCGCUCCCGAAGCCCAGCAGGGUGGGGCUGAGUAGGAAACAACCUGCCCACCGGCACCUACCAUCUUUUACCAUCGUCCGGGUUAGUAUAUGGCAGAUAUUACUCUGUCCUUAAUAAUUUUAGAUUAAGUUGUGUGAGCAUCUAGGUUUAAACAGAGCCAACAGAACAAUAUUUUUUCCUUUUAAGAUUGUAAUUUUUUUAAGGAGUAUUGCUUGGCUUUUCAUUACCCUUCAGCUCUGUAGUAGGUGAUUCCAUGUGAAAUGUUGUAUGAAAUUUUGAUAAAGCGAACUGUCUGGAAUCUGUGCAGGGCCCAUCCUUUGUUAUCUUUCUUCUACCUGGUGAUGAUUACAUAAUGGUAAUGUCAUCUAUUUUUUAUUUUUUGCAGUUUUUUUGUCAACAAGAAGAAACAUCAAACAAGAUCUGAGCAAUAAAGAUUUGACUUGACGAUCGUCACAAGCUUGCACCAUGCAUUUGACCAGAUUACCACCGAUUGCCUGCAGAAUCUAUGCAGACCUGUUUUUUUUCCAUUAUUUUUAUGUGACAGCAACAAAACAUUUUGGGGAAACAGCAAAUGUUUUUCUAAAUCUAUCCUAAGUUUUUACACCAAAUGGUUUUUAAAGAAAAAAAUGAAAUUUGAUAUCUGGUCAGUUUGACAUUUUUAAAUAACUUUUUAUGUAUUCAAACAUUUUAACAAAAUGCAAGCUCAAAUAAAAGUCAAGAAACCAGAAAAAUGUGUGAAUUUUGUCCUUGAUAUGUAUGAUACACUCAAAACUAACCAAACCCUUGAAUACAAAAUUACAUAUUUGUAGAUAUUAGUUCUCCAACUCGACGAUUGAGAAAUGUAGUCCAUCUUUAUGCAUUAACCAAGUAAAAAAUAGUACAAUUAUACAAGCUGCAUCUUAAAAGGAAAACAUUUCAUCAUAUUGACAAUUCCACAGCUGUCACUUUUCACCUACAUGAAGUUCUACACAGCAUCAUACAACCAUAUUGUGAUGCAUUGAGAGAUGUGAUAGCCUUUAUGAUCAAGUUCUUAAUCCUGAGACUAGGUGACAUGAAAGCAAGUGUAUGUAAUACACUUAAAUAUUGCAUACAAAUUCUGAUUGUUGAUGCAUGUACAGAAUUUAACAUUGCAAUUUAAUAUGUUGAAACUAAAAUUAAACUUUGGGCUACACCUGUGUCAAUUAGAGAUUGGCAAGUCUUAGUGUAAAAUUUACUGUUAAAGUAAAUAAUUGGCAUGUUUCGAGUAUGGGUCACCAGCAGUGCAGUUUCAACCAAAACUAAACAUCACAUCAAUCCUAAAGACGAUUUCAUCAGGAUAAAGCCGAUGGGUUUCUCACACAUUAGUUUCUUUGCGCAGACGCUUCAUGCGUUGCACAUUGUCCUCCAUGGCAGUCGGGUUGGUGAUCUCUGUUGCACAGCUUGCAGGGAACCAGCCUCUCUCUCCAUCUCGCAUUCUCUCCCCAUAACACCAGGCUGCAGCAAAGCAGAGUUCAGAUAAUCUUGUAAGUGCACUCGCAUGUUUUUAUGUUAGUGUGAAAUGACAUAAGUUGUUUAGCUGUUUUUGAUGAAUUGUCAAUGGAGAUGGAGCUACAGUCAACACACGGCAUCACCUUCUUCCUUUUGCAGGACAAUAACAAGUUCAGCCUGUUGCAGCCCCAGUUCAUCAGGCUCCUUAGGCAUGUAGGCUUUUGUGGCUUCAUAUUGCGGCUGACCUGAAACACAGUGCCAUCAUAAAAGACUCAUUAGAGUACUGUUUAACAAUAGUUAAUUUUUCAUUUUGUAACUUUUAAUGGUUCACAAUACUGCUCUGCAGUGAAGAUUUCAGAAUUAUGCUCGCUGCAGUAAAAUGUAUCCUAUACACCUUUUCUUGACUUAAAAAGAGAUACACUAAUUCUCAAAACACACAAAAACACAAAGGUAGUGCUGCCAGUUUUUUAUCAUUUUGAUUGCGGUGUUAACAAAAUACCACAAGGGACUACGAUGACUGUAUUUUUAUCAAGUAAGUGUGGUCAUGAGUGAUAACCAAAAUACAGACCUCUGCCCUGGUAUUCUGUCUUACCCAAGUAUGGAUUAGCAGUGCAUAAGGAGAACCUGUACAACCUAAACUAGGAACCACCUUGUGUUGCAAUACUCUGCUAUGGAUCAGUAACUGUUCACAUGCAUUGUAUGUUUAUAAUUUGAAUAAAAUCAUUUUGUAUA